AUGGAUGCAUUUGUGACGAGACUUCCCAAGCCGCUGAACCAACUUCGAGAGCAAGUUUGCGGUGACUCACCAGAAACGGAGAGGCCUUCCAAGCGAGCCAAACGGCAGGGAUCACCAGACUCUGAGGGUGGCCUAUGCCCUGAUCACCCCCAGGAUAUCCCACCGAGGGAGGAUUUACCUGGUAAUGGAGCAGCGAAAACAAAAUACCAAAUUGAGGAACACCCUCGAAUUACGGACAUUGAGAACGCGUUACCGCCCACUGCUGAAGGCCAAGAAGCAGUCGAGCAGUAUGAGACGAUGAAGUCAUCACAGGCUUCGGCGCAUGAUGAGGAUGACACCACAGAAACACCUCAGCCACUUUGGGUUAAGGGACGAAGCUCUAUUUAUGUGGAUGCCUUCAAUCUUGCGCUUGAUACCGUCCUAGAAGAAGAAUCGCAUUUAUUUGAUGAGAAAGAGACCGAGGUUUUUACCCAGUGGAGAGAACUAAAUUACGAGGCUCAGUAUCUCUACGUCAGGCUCUUUCUGAGGAAAACUGCAUCGUGGCAUCGCCAUAGUCGUCUUGGAUAUCAUAACGACAUCUCGGACCUUGAGGCAGCGAUAGCUACCCUGCAAUCGUCUCGUAUUCUGCCAGCUAGCACAACCACCCCAAUACAGAGCCCAGUUCAUGAUAUUGAACUUGAAGAGUCGAGAUUGGAUGAGGCGUUCAGCUUUGCCGAUAGGUCAGAAGAUCACAUCGAUUCUGUAGAAGAGGCUGCGUCGCUACUGAGCCUAGACGAGUUGAAAGAGCUUGCUAAGGAAGCAAAAGUCCAAGGGCGCAAUAAGUCAGAACUCAUUCAUUCACUAGUAAAGAUGAGAAAGCAACAGUCUGGAUUGAUGUCAGUAGGCCUCAGCAGACACAACAGCCGUGGUUCUGUUGCCGAAGACCAGGAAAACUUGGAUGCAAAAGCUAAGGGAAAAGACAUCGCAAAGCUUCGGCGAAAAGAUUCGAAUCGAGAGCAGCAUUUCAUUACAAAAAUUAUCGCAAUACUUGGACCUUGCAUUCGAUUGUCGCUAUCAGCCUUCAAGCUUUUUGAGCGGGUGCAUCUUGUGUUCUAUCGAUCGACGGAGUGGACAGAGAAAUCACUAACAACAAUCAUUCUUGCCAAAAUUGCAAGACGGCAUUUCCCCGAAUACAUUGUGUGCCGAACUUCGACUAUAUUUAUGUCGCGCCUGCACCUACUAGAGUAUGAAACUGCCAUCCGCCUGGAGGCUGAAGUCGAUGCAUGGGAGUUCAGUAGCCCACCCGGAGAAGAGGGCCUCAGACUGAUGGUCAACAUUUUUGAGAAAGUUUACCCGCGAUGGAAGAUAUUGGUUGAAGAAGAGCAGCAUAAGGAGCACACCGUCUAUGAAAUGGGAGAGGGUGCUUACUUGAGACGUUUCACACCAGGCCAUUCGUAUACAAGAAUUGUCCAUAAAGCAGCACCAGUUUUUGGAAAGCUCAAACAACAUCUCAGAGAGCAUGAGCUGCUCACCGAGCUUCUCGAUCAACGGCUAUUUCACCCAGCAAGACGAGGUGGUUGGUAUCAACGAAAGGCUCUUCUGGAGGAGCAUUACAUGCCAGCUUUGGACCCGAAUCCCAAAUUCACAGACCCCGAACAGCAGAAGAAACAUUGGAAGAAAAUCGCAGUUGCUACUUGUGAGGCCGGCCUACAAGACCCAGACAGCCAUCUGAUGUUCCACUACGACUUGCAAAAACGCCUUGUCAAGCUAGAAAAGAAACUACGUAUACCACGUCGCUUACAACACGAUUUUGGCCAUGUUGAUCUGCAAAAGCCUAUCGAGCACACCAUUAAAGGAAUUCAACUCAAGAAGGAUAUCAUAGCGAAGGGGGGUCGCCAAGUUUCAACCAAAACAAUAUGGCUCGAUGAGCUAGACACCCAAGACGAGUGCAGCGUUGAAGCAAUGUGCCUGAGUCAAUAUCGAUCAGAGGGUUGGAAGGGGUAUCAUGCUGAGGGUGGGAUUGUUCGCACCCUUUUCGCGUACCUCUUUUACGAUAUUCUCUUUUUGUAUAUUCCAAAUGUGUUUCAGACAGCAUAUCAAACAUGCCCGCUGGAUCUUCACACUGAUGCUUUCUACCCGUCCCGAGCAUCAGAAAUCAAUCACAGACUGGUCGAGAUUGCCAAUGGAGAGGCUCCACGACUUAUCCGAAAAGUCUGGGAAUCAGAACAUGAGAGGAGAACAAGUGUGGUGGGCCUUAACUGGGAUUUCGAGAUUGACGACCUCGUAGAGCUUGCUGGGUGCUUUGAGGGCAGUGCUCUUGCAGCAGUAUGCAAGGUGAUGGCUCAAGAGUACAGACAACGAGGCGGCGGUAUCCCGGAUCUAAUUCUGUGGCGCACUAAUAAUCCACCAGAAGAUUCAAAAGAGGUGCCUGGAAGGCCAAAAGGAGAGGUUAUGUUCUCGGAAGUCAAGAGCGCCAACGACCGGCUGAGUGACACUCAACGAUUAUGGAUCCAUGUGCUUACUGGGGCAGGGGUAAAGGUUGCGCUCUGCAACGCCUUAGCGAAGGAAGUGAGGGAAGUGGAUUGA